CUGUCGGCCAUCUUUGCAUUGGGCAGCCGCCAUAUUGGUUUGAUUUGGCGCUUUCUCAGGUCGAGCUAGACGCAUAUUUUUCGUAUUUCGCGAGUUAUGGUUGAUUUCACGUAAUAGAGUUAAUUAUUUGUUCAAACAAUAGAGAUUAGUGUAGUGGGUCGUAACCGAUCAACAACAUGGAUCCUGCUAAAAUGAAAGUAGUGGACCUCAGGUCGGAGCUUGGCGCUCUCGGGUUGGAUACGAAGGGUAACAAGCCGGCUUUGGUCGAAAGAUUGAAGAAAGCACUUGAAGCAAAGAGUGGAAAAGCUAUCCCAGAUACAUCGAUUCUGGAUACAUCUACUGAGGAUGCAGACGAACCAGCCACUCCACGCAGGCCCGGGCCUGCUUCCCGGACCACGCGGAGAGCCUCUUCAUCCCGAGUGGCACCAGCCACUCCAAUCAAGCAACAAAAAGAGACUCCGGAACCUAUAGCCGAAGAGCCGAAGGCCGAGGAGGCGCGAAAGCCCUCUCCCGAACCCGCCCCUCCCACCCCUGCUCCAGCAAAAGAGCAAGAGCCGCCGGAGCCUGAACCGGAGCCGGAGCCCGAGAGAGCGGCGCCGCAGCCGGUGCCGGCGCCGCCGCCGGUGCCGGUGCCUGUGCCGCCGCCGUCCGUGCCCGCGCCGGUGCCCGUGCCGCCCGUUAGCGAGGCACCCGCGGCGGCUGACGCCUACUCGAUCUAUGACGAUAGGAGCUCAUCUCCAGUCAAUUUCAAACAAGAACCUAUGGAAGUUCAAAAGACAGAAAACAUACAACCAAAGGAGGAGUCAGAGGAAAAAAUGAAUGUUGACGAAGUUUCAGAAGUUAAGAAAGAAGAUAAUAAAGAGGAUGUUAAAAAAGAAGUUAAAGAAGAACCUAAUGUGAAUAAUGAGGAUGCUAAAAACAAGGCGCUGAAGGAUGAGGCUCGCGAGCUGUCCGAAGCGGAGGAGUGGCGGCAACUCAACGAGCGGCUACGGGAACGGGAACAGGAGCGCCGCGAGCGCGAACAACGCCAGGCCGAGGAGGAGAAGCGACGCGAGCAGGAGCUCAGCCAGGACCCGGUGCGCCUGCAGCGCCACAAGCGAAAGCAGGAGAAGAAGAACCGCUGGAGCAACUUCUACAAGUCCGUCGAGGUCAUCAACGAGGUCUUGACGCCGCCUGUCGAGACUGAUGUUAUAAAACCGAAGAAGGAAACUUCUACCGAAGUUAGGAUUCCUGAACCGGAGUUGGACGACGAUAAAAUCACUUUAUCUUGGUACGACAGCGACCUGAACCAGUAUUUGGAGCUGCCGGGCCUAAACGCGGUGACGCCGCUGAGCGAAGGAGCCUUCGCCCACGCUUGGGCCGGCGCGCGCGCGUCUCACGGCGUCAGCACGGGACGCGUCUACUACGAGGUGCGUGUCGGUGAUAAACUGCCAACAAUAGCGGAGCCGGACAAAGACGCGCCCGGCUCGGGGCUCCGAGUGGGCUGGUCCACUGAAGACUCCUCGUUGCAUCUUGGCGCGGACGCUCAGAGCUGGGCGCUAGAAAGCAGCGGACGGCGCGUGUGCGGCGGCACCUUCGAGCCCUACGGCGCCGAGCUGGCUGAGAAAGACGUCGUCGGCGCUUACCUUGAUCUGGAGUCGUCCCCAUGCAAGAUUUCCUUCGCCAUCAACGGUGUGGACCAGGGUGUCGCUUACGAGUUUGAGAAGGAGGCGCUGGGAGACAAGCCUCUGUUCCCGCACGUGCUAACAAAGAACAUCAGCUAUAAGGUCAACUUCGGAUAUGACAAAUACAACAUGCUAACUAAGACUAAGACAGUCCGUAAAAGGCUGGAGAUUCCUGUAGAAGAGGUCAUAGAGCAGAAGAAAGCCAUAGAGGCGGAAUUGCAGAAGCAGAAAGAGGAAGCCGAGAGGAGAGAGAAGGAACGACUCGAGAGGGAGAAGAAGGAGCGAGAGGAGAGGCAGAGGAAGAGGAAAGAGGAAGCCGAGAGGAGAGAGAAGGAACGACUCGAGAGGGAGAAGAAGGAGCGAGAGGAGAGGAGAGGAAGAGGAAAGAGGAACAUAAAAACCCUGCCUGACCAGGAACAUAAAAACCCUGGCAUAGAGGCAGAGCCGCAGAAGCAGAAAGAGGAAGCAGAGAGGAGAGAGAAGGAACAACUCGAGAGGGAGAAGAGGGAGCGAGAGGAGAGGCAGAGGAAGAGGAAAGAGGAGAGAGAAAGGCAAGACCGCGAAAGGAAAGACAGGGAUAACAAGGAGAAGCGAGAUAGAGGGGAGGAAGUAACUGAAGACGAUAAGGACAAACCGGCGGACACCAAUGAGCCGGCAGAGCCCAGCGAGCAACCUAUGGAAGGCGUUGAAGACGAACAACCCAAGGAGAACGGCGAGGGCGUCAAGCCAGAAACAAAGGCCGAGCCCGCGGCGCCCGAGGCCGCCAAAGACGAGCCCAUGGACGCGGCGCCGGCCGACCUCACCGCGCAGAUAGACAGCCUGGACAAGGAGCUCAGCGAAGAGCUCAAGAAGGAGCUCACUGAUGAAGAAAUAAAGGAAGUGACCGAAGAGCAAAUCCUCAAAGGGCAGGUCCUAUUAGACAAAAGGAUCAAGUUCGUCAUUCGCCACACUGUUGAAGAGGAGUUGGACGGUCCAGUGGUGGAGCCGACGGAGGGUUUCGUGUUCGUCGCACACGCCGCGCUGCUGCCCGGCCCGCGCCGCCCAGCCACGCUCGCCGACUGCGAGGUGAUCCUGAUGGUGGGAAUGCCGGGCGCGGGCAAGACGUACUGGGUGACCGCACACGCGGCCGCCAACCCGCAGAAACGGUACAACGUGCUGUCCACCGGCGCCUUGUUCGAACGCAUGCAGGUGGACUGUAAACCCUUCCGCGCAAGCUACGAAGGCCGCUGGGACGCGAUGGUCUCCAAGUGCGCUAAAUGCGUGCUAAAGUUGUUGGAAAUCGCCAAGGGACGCAGGAGAAAUUAUAUCCUCGAUCAGACGAACGUAUACCCGUCGGCGCAGCGUCGGAAGCUUCGGGAGUUCGAUGGCCGACGGCGCGUGGCCGUGGUGGUGGUGCCGGACGAAGCCUCGCACGCCGCCCGCCGCGCGCGCAAAGACCAGGCCGACGGCAAGGAGGUGCCCGACGGCGCCGUCUUGGACAUGAAAGCGAACUUCGCGCUGCCGGAGGUCUCGUCGUGGCUAGACGAGGUCAUCUACCCCGAGCUGGGUCCUGAAGAGGCCAAGACGGUGGUGGAGGCUCUCCACAAGGAGGCCCGAGCGGCGGGAGUGCACCGCGAGCGCGAGAAGCGUGACCGCAGCCCGGGCCGCGACCAGCCGCCCAACAAGCGCUCGCGCGACGAUAGAAGACACCGCGAUGAUAGGAGGCCGCCGAGAGACCACUCCUCCAGGGAUAGAGAAGAUCGCUGGGGUGGUGGUGGCGGCGGCGGUCGCUGGGGCCCGGCAGGCGGCGGCGGUCGCGGCGGGCGCUGGGGCUCGCGCGACCGCAGCGGCCCGCCCGCGCCCGCGCCCGCGCGCUUCGACCGCGGCUGGGGCGCGCCGGCCCGCGGCAACGACUUCGCACGCGACCGCGACGACUUCCGCGGCGGGAGAGGAGGACCAGGCGGCCCUGGAGGACGCGGGGGCCCGGGCAACCGCGGUGGCCCCCGCGGCGAUCGGGGCCCCGGCGGCCCCCCCGGCGGCGACCGCUUCGGCCGCCCCGACAGGAACCAGGGACGACCGGGCGGACCCGGCAUGGAUAAGAGACCGAAUGCGCCAGGAGGUGGUGGCGGCGGUUGGCAACGCGGAAACCAAGGCCCCGGCCGCGGCCCGCCGCGCCCCAAUCAACAGAUGGCGCUGCGCCCCAACCAGCCCAACCAAAAGGAUGGGCAGGGUCAAGGCCAGAACCCCAACCAGCAGAAUCCACAGUGGAACCAGUGGCAGAACCAGUGGGGCAACUGGAACAAUUGGAACCAGAACCAAGCUGGCGCAUGGAAUUGGGGCAACUGGGGCGGUUGGAACCAGAACGCAAACGCGGCCAACAACACAGGAGGCGCUGCCGGCGCCGGCGCCAAGCAGGCGCAGUGGGCCGGCUACACGCCGCAGCAGUGGUACCAGUGGCAGCAGUGGCAGCAGCAGCAGGGCUGGCAGGGGGUCAGUGUCACGUGUACAUAGUGUAUACAACGCGGCGCCAAGCAGGCGCAGUGGGCCGGCUACACGCCGCAGCAGUGGUACCAGUGGCAGCAGUGGCAGCAGCA